CAGCUCAGCAGUCAACAGCUCGAAGAACAGAAACAAUUUCAUUUCUAGUUAGAUGUGCUCCCUAAUUUCCCAGGAAUCCAAUUCACUGAAAUCAAAUGACCAAAUUUGCUGAUAAAAUUAAAAAAGAAAAAACCCCAACAAUCUUGGAAUAAUAAAAAAAGAAAAGAAAAGAGUAGCAAAAGCUGCCUUCUCCAUGGCUUCAGCUCCUUCCAAGCUCUAUGCAGAUGAUGUUAGCCUUGUGGUGGUUUUGGUAGACACUAACCCAUUUUUCUGGAGGGCUUCUUCGCUCUCUUUCUCUCAGUUUCUUUCUCAUGUUCUUGCAUUUUUGAAUGCAAUAUUGACUCUGAAUCAACUAAACCAAGUCGUGGUUAUUGCUACUGGAUAUAAUUCUUGUAACUAUAUCUUCGAUUCGUCUUCCGAUUUGAACCAGAGUUUUGAGAAUGGGAGAAUGCCUGUUAUGUGCUCCAGCCUGUUGCAAAAGUUGGAGGAGUUUCUUAUUAAAGACGAGCAGUUGAGUAAGGAGGUACCCGAGGGAAGGAUUAAGUCUUCCCUCUUGUCAGGGUCAUUGUCAAUGGCUCUUUGCUAUAUACAGAGAGUGUUUCGUUCAGGAGCCCUCCAUCCGCAUCCUCGAAUCUUAUGCUUGCAGGGAUCACCAGAUGGACCUGAACAGUACGUUCUUUUUAAUAUAUUAUCUGUUAUUUACAGUUUCCUACUCUGGCUGUUAGACUCGAAUAAAGGUUUUCUUCUUUUCAGAUAUGUUGCAAUCAUGAAUGCGAUAUUCUCUGCCCAACGCUCUAUGGUUCCUAUAGAUUCUUGUUACAUGGGUGCUCAGAAUUCUGCCUUCCUGCAGCAGGCUUCGUACAUAACUGGUGGUGUACAUCAUAAACCUCAACAUUUGGAUGGGCUGUUUCAAUAUCUCAUGACUAUUUUUGCUACUGACUUGCAUUCUCGCAGUUUUUUACACCUUCCAAAGCCUGUCGGUGUAGAUUUCCGUGCCUCAUGUUUUUGCCAUAAAAAUACCAUUGACAUGGGUUACAUAUGUUCCGUAUGUUUGUCAAUUUUCUGCAAGCAUCACAAGAAAUGUUCGACCUGUGGGUCGGUAUUUGGUCAGGCUCAAUCUGAGGCUGCUUCAGCAUCUGACAAAAAGAGAAAGACUCCAGAAACAUAAAGUUAACUGAGAAGGCUACGAAAGUUCUAUUAUCUACUAAACUUUGUGCUCAUGCUCAUGGCAAAAGAGGGGGCGGCAUUGGGUGAAUGCAGACCAGAGAUUUUGCUCCUCCUACCAUGAAUUCCCUGCUAACCUUCAUAAGAGUUGGAUAGUUUUGAGAUAAGAUUUUAAUACAUACAAAGGCAUGCCUCCUUUCCUCUUCUUUCUACCGUUCCUCCACCAAACAGCUGAAGCUAAUUAGCAGCAGGGAUGCUUUAUUGGUUUUAGAAACAUUAACUCGUGCUAAACCUGCAAUUUCAGGAACUAAUAAAGAAGAAGAAAUGGUCAAUAUAGCUUUCCAUAUGAGCCCUUUUCCAAUUUUAUUUUACCAAUGUUCUUGCAACAAGCUUAGGACCUGUUUAGUGUUGGGAAAUGCUUAUCAUUGUGCAACUUAAAUUAUCUCUUAAUAAGUUAGUUACUUUUAGUAUAACUUGAUUAUAAUUUUUGGAUAUCUUUGUUUUUGAGUUUUUAUGAAAAAUUGGAAUC